AUGGCCGUGGCUAUUGAUCCAUUCAGUGACCAGUUUCCUUACUUCAGCCGUUCCUCACAAAGAUGUAGACUCCAAUCCCUUACCAACCUUGACUUCAACUUCCUUGAAUCUAAUCUCACGUUUAAUCGAACGGUUGAAGAUGACAACAUCCAUCGAAGCGUCUCCUCUCCUUGUUUCUCCAUAGCUGCCUCUGCUAAUAUGGAGGAAGAUUCCAAAGCCACUGCCGCUCCACGGAUUGAGAUUCUUGGUGGACAGAGAGUGCCCACGGUUCGUGCCCUUGUGGCUGAGGUGACUAUGGCUAUGGUUUCUGGAGCUCAGCCUUUGCUUUUACCAAGUGGCUUGGGAGGUGCUUAUCUCUUGCAAACAGUAAAAGGUCAUAACAUUGCUGUGGCUAAACCGGUUGAUGAAGAGCCUUUAGCCUUUAACAAUCCUAAAAAGUCUGGAAGUUUGAUGCUCGGGCAACCGGGAAUGAAGCAUUCUAUUCCUGUUGGUGAAACCGGUAUUCGAGAGUUAGCUGCUUACCUUCUUGAUUACCAAGGCUUCUCUGGUGUUCCGCCAACGGCUUUGGUUAGUAUCUCACAUGUUCAAUUUCAUGUGAGUGACGCCUUCUCCUUCUCCUCCAUGCCCUAUAAGGUUGCUUCCUUGCAGCGAUUUGUGGGUCAUGAUUUUGAUGCGGGAGAAUUAGGUCCAGGAAGCUUCACGGUUACCUCGGUUCAUAGGAUUGGAAUACUUGAUGUGAGAGUCCUGAACCUUGACAGACACGCCGGAAAUAUGCUAGUGAAGAGAUGUGACCAAGACAAGGGUUAUAAUCGACUUGGGACCGCUGAGCUUGUGCCUAUAGACCAUGGUCUCUGCCUUCCUGAAUGCCUAGAUGAUCCUUACUUUGAAUGGUUAAACUGGCCUCAAGCUUUGGUUCCAUUCACCGACACCGAGCUACAGUAUAUAUCCAAUCUGGACCCUUUCAAAGACGCAGAACUUCUGAGAAAUGAACUACACUCUUUGCCGGAAUCUGCUAUACGGGUCCUCAUCGUCUGCACGCUUUUCCUAAAACAAGCUGCAGCGGCGGAGCUCUGUCUCGCAGAGAUAGGCGAGAAGAUGACUCGGGAUUUCUCUAGAGGUGAAGAGGGUUUCAGUCUGUUGGAGACCCUCUGCACCAAAGCAAAAGCACGUGUAGUUGGCAAACUUGAUGAAGGCGGUGACUAUAGUCACAAAGGAAACGAAGUGAACGCAGAGCUAGAGUGUGGACUGUUUAAGUUUGACGGUGGAGAUAGCCCAUGUGAAGCAGAGAUUUCGGAGGUCUUUCAUGUAUCUAAACCACCUUUGGCUCCAAAAGGGCCACGGGUAAACUCCAUACCUACUGUGAAUGCAAAAGAAAAGAAGAGAGGAGGCACCAUGAGGAGCAGGAGCCCACAGAUCUGUGUGAACCAUGGCGUUUCUUUCGGGGACAUGACAACAUUUGAAUGGGAUAUGUUCCUGCAGAGCUUCCAGACACUUUUGCAAGAUGCACUGAGCAAAGGGUCGACGCCAAGAUUAGGAUGCUCCUGCGAAAUUUGA